AUGAGUGGACGCGGUAAACUAGGUAAAGCUUCUGGGAGAGCGAAGGCACAGUCGAAGUCCCUUCGGGCCGGUUUGAGUUUUCCGGUUGGUCGUGUUAGCCGUUUUUUGCGACGGGGUCGCUAUUGUGAACGUAUUGGUGCUGGAGCACCAGUUUACUUAGCUGCUGUGCUCGAGUACUUGACAGCCGAGAUUCUGGAAUUGGCAGGGAAUGCUGCUCGUGAUAACAAGAAGUCCCGUGUAGUUCCCCGUCACAUCCAACUGGCGGUUCGCAAUGACGAGGAGUUAAGCAGAAUGUUACAUCAAGUUACCAUCCGUCAAGGAGGUGUCCUCCCCAACAUUAACCCUGUUCUCCUAAAGAAGGGCACUGAAGAUAAGACUGCUAAGAGUCAGAAGGAUGAGAGGCCUGUUAAGACUCAGCCCUAA